GAUGAAAACUACACAGUGGAUUGAUACAAUGCAUUUCAUUUUCCUUUUUGGCGUUUUCAUUAUUCUUCAAUGUAAUGAAUGUACAUCAACGAAGAUAGUUACUCUCAUAUAUGAUAAGGUGAAUACGACUACAUACGACAUAGAUCGGUACUCAGCAAGCAUCAAAAAUAUUUCUACUGAUUUCUACAAUGAUCGAUUGGAUCUUCAUUUCAAGAUAAUAUUUCCAGAUAAAUCGUACAUCGUGGAAAUAGUAAAUGGUACAACGACCUAUAAUGACGUUCACCAUAUCAAAGGCCAGACAACACUCAAGAGUACACUAACACAAUUACAAGAUUCGCCACAAAACUCAGCAAUCUGUGUAAUCACAAAUGUUACGAAACCACAAGACUGGUUCUUGAUUGACAACGUAUUAGAAGAAAUACAAAUGAAAAGAACGGAGGUCAGCUUUGUCUUAGAAAGGAGUAAUUCUUCUCAAGUUGAAUCCCUUCAAGAAUACAGAUUAAUUACUUCUAUAAGUAACGGGGUUAUACUUCCAAAAUUCUUCGAAUUUAAUCAACGUUCAGAAAGUGUGUAUCUGUGGUUGAGAUACCUUCCAUGGAAAGUAUUUAUGCAUAUUUCACAACCCGAAGAGAGAUUCGACUCUAGUAUUGAUACACUUACAGGUGAACCUGUAGUAUACGUUAGUGAUAGUUUCGAUUACAAUGAGAAUAAGAUAAUGUCAACGGAUAUUAACUUACAACAAAUCGGGUACACUCAUACGGAGGAUGGCAAAUCCAUUUUAGAAGAUCUUAGUACUCGCAUGGCAGAGUUCGAUCAUCAAGGAAAACAAAACCCAAAACAUCCGUCUUUUUACAAUUACCAUUUAAUUAGUAAAAGUCGCUUCAACAUUGAAUACGGGUUUUCCGUUAGCCCAGUUAGUUCCUUGAACGAAACACGAAGAAGACCAAUUAAAAGAAAAUCCAAUAGACUGUACGUGACUUCGAGCAGCAAAAUUUUUCAUAAUGUUACAUGCGGAAGUUUCACUCUUCUCUUCCUUAAUGGAACUAAUCUUCAGCAAGAUAUUCCUCUACAUCAGGUAGCAAAGACCGAUUUAUUCCAAGGAUUAUUUCAACCACCAAAUGAAGAAUACUUUUUCAUAGAAGUAUCGUGUGAAGUAAUAGAGCUAGUUUCACAUGUAGAGAAACCUUAUUUAGAAUUACACCGAACCACUAGAACUUCACUGACAGCUAUGAAUGCUAUGGAUGCAAAAGUCAAUUUUUUAUUCAUUUUAUAAAUUGUGGGUAAGGUGUGGUUUAGCAAACUAUAGUACCAUCAAGUAUGUAAAGACACAUGUACUUAUGUAGGUACACACACAAAAUUGUAAUUCGAGCAUUUUGUUCUAUUUUGAGAAUAGUGUAUACAUUUUAGAAAAUUAAACUCAACGAUAGGCUUACGCGUAUAACAAUUUUUGUAAUGUGUUUGUCAAGACGAGUAAAACUAUACCCACAUUGAAUUCGCAUAUUUUCAAAUAUUCUCGUAGGUAUUCGAAUAUUUUGAGCGAUAUUUCACUCUAAAUAAUCAAAUAAAAUAUUGAAUAUUUUACCUCGAAU